GGGCGGGACUGGACGGCGGGCGGCGGGUCUGGGGGCUUCCCUGGCUCGGGCUCCGCGGGGCGGCGGAGAGGGAGCCUUGGGAGGCGCGCGCUGCGCUCGGCGGGGCCUGGUUACCGGCGGAGGCCCGUCGCUUCGCCCCCUCCUUCCCGCACCCCUUUCCGAGCUGGCACGGGGCGGGCAACAGGGCGGCGGCGGGCCGGGCUCUCUCCGUGGGCCUGCGGGGCACGUGCUUGGGGCUACUACCCGCCCCCUCUUGGGCAGGAGGGCCUCCCAUUGGGCAGAGACUCCGCCCGGCCUGGGGGGGAUGCGGGGGCCAGACCCUUCCCGCUCCCCCACCUCCAUUGAGCCUGAGCAGGGUGGGGAGCGGGGUGGGCCGGAGCGCUGCACCGAUUACCUGCUCUCAAUCAGAGAAACUUGCCUCCUGCAAGAGUAGAAAAGUCGGGGUGAAGUGGGGUGGGGGCCUGAAGGCCCCCCUUGGAAGACUGUGGAGGCUCUGAGGCCAGGAAUAUUCCCUCUUCCCCCUCCGAGUGGGUCAUGGGCACAGCUGGGCUCUUGCCCUUCAGACGCUUCUCGCCCUUCUGGUCAUCCCAGCGGCCGAGAAAUCCCAAGCAGAACAUGAAGCUGCUGGACUCGGUUGAGUUUUUUUGGAGGGGGGGUGGGGGGGCGUCAGUCAGGGCAGAAUUCAGACCCUGCGAUUCCCCCUGUCCAUGAGCUGAAGGGUCAGUGAGUCCGGCCCCUCCGCCUGCCUUGUCCUGAUGGAUCCCACACACUCUCCCCACCCCACUUUUCCUGCCUGAAAAUCCAGAGGAGCUCCAUGGGCCUUUCUCUCAGAACAACUGGCAACACAUUUGGGGUCCUGGGGAGCUCUCGGCAGGCUUGGGGCCCCGUGCCCAUGAGCUGUGGUCCAGGGGUGGGGUGGGUGCACGUGGGAUGCAGCCGCCACUGGCCAGGCCCCUUUGCCCCUGAGUCUGGUGAAUGGCCCAGUGGGCCCUGUGGGGUGCUUGUGGGGAGCCCCCUCAGCUCCUGCUUCCUGGGGGAACUCUGACCCACCCCAGGCCACAGUAGCCCAGAAGUGCUGCUGUCUCUGGCACUUUGAGGGCCUCUUCUGGACCCAAGUGGAGCUUGGAGGUGGGGACUCUCUGUUUGCUGCGCUCUUUGUGGCUGUGGAACUGUGGGACUGCCCUGAGGAGGUCUUCUGGAACUGCUGCCUACAGGAGCCCUUUCUGGCCUGGGAACGGCUCUUCCCUGACCUCUGCCUUGCCGCAGCCUCUGUGGGCUGGUGGCAGAGACUUCUGGUGGGGCAGCUGGGAUGGAAGAAGGAUUGAUCCCUCAGACCCCUCCUCCCCAUCCCUGUUCAAUGCCUGGUAAAGUGAAGCACCUUUUCAAGGUGCUGAGAGCACCCUUCCCCUGGGACAGCAUCUCCUUGCGCGGGUCAGGCUGUGGGGCGCACGGGCGAGUGCAGGUGCGCGGUGGCUGUUCAGCAGGGAGGCAGGUGGGAGCCAGCCAGGCCUCAUGGUGAUGGGGCCCAGCGGUCUCUGCACAAUCCCCAGCCAAGGACAGGAACGGUGUUGCGUUCCAGGAUCUCUGCCAGGCCUGCGUGGCAGCAGAUCUCGCUCAUUCUGGGAUCCACUGUGAUGUCCUGAGAGAAGAUCUCAGCGCAAGACUCCUAUGGGAACAUCUGAAUGAGGAACUGGCUUUUCUGGUUCUAGAUAAAGGCAGUCAGGAGCUGCCCAGAUCUUCGGAAGAAGGAAGGCCGCCGCCACCGCCGCCGUCUCUGGUGUUGGGCGGGAGCAGCCUCCCAUGUGGGCAGCAGCUGGGGUCAUGAGCAGGAGAGGGGGCUGCUGGUACCCCGUUUCUCUUCUCCUCCCCCUGUGCCACGCUUGUCACCACCCGUUGUGCCGUGCCCCAGGGGUACUGGCAUGGGGUUCACACCACUUCGGCAGAAACGGUUGUUAAAAUGGUGCUUGUAAACAACUGGUUGUUAAAAUAUUUGAAUCCCACCUCUGGAAGGGCUGUGUGGGCUUGCAGUAGCAGAAGCCAGUCAGAGCAGAGCAGCUUUUAUGACAGGAAGGAAAUCUGGAGGUCAUGGACCGGACGGCCAAGGAUGGCUGCUUGCACCUGGACUAUUGCAAAGCCAGCCAGCUGGGAGAGAGGCCUGAGAGCUGAGGUGGGAGGAUGUCUGAAGCCUGCCGGGACGGCACGAGCACCUUACAGAGGAAGAAGCCAUCUUGGCUGAAGCUGGACAUUCCUGCUCCCAUGGGGGUGGGGGUAGCCGAGGAGCCGGCCUUGGCACAGCCAUUGAAGCGCCAGGCCUUCCUGCGAAGCAUCAGCAUGCCUUCAGAAAACACGCACUUCUCUUCCCCUCUGAAUGAGUUUCGGCGGCCCGUCCUCCAGCGGCAGACCUCCAUCACCCAGACCAUCCGGCGGCAGGUGCAUUUUGAGAGGAGUAAGACCUUGCCCGUUCACGGGCACCAGCUGGGCAGGAGGCCCCUGAGAAAGCGCCAGUCCCUGCCCAGAACACUCUUCAGGGGCACGGCAGACUGGUUUGGAGUUAGCAAAGAGAGCGAUGCCACGCAGAAGUGGCAGCGCAAGAGCCUGCGCCACUGCAGCAUGCGCUACGGCAAGCUGAAGCCACAGGUGAUCCGUGAGAUGGACCUGCCGAGCCAGGACAACAUCUCCCUGGCCAGCACAGAGACACCCCCUCCGCUCUACGUGCCCCCCUGCCAGCUGGGCAUGCAGAGGCAGAUCAUAGACCCCUUGGCCCGUGGGCGGGCCUUCCGGAUGCCUGACGACAACGAUGGUUAUAGCAUGCCUCAUACGCCGAUCACGCCUGGCGCCGCCUCUCUGUGCUCCUUCACCAGCUCUCGGUCCGGCUUCAAUCGCUGGCCUCGGAGGCGGAAGAGGGAGUCCGUGGCCAAGAUGAGCUUCCGGGCAGCGGCAGCUCUGGUGAAGGGCCGUUCAGUGAAAGACGGCACGCUCCGACCCACCCAGCGGCGCAGCUUCACUCCUGCCAGCUUCCUGGAGGAGGAUACGGGGGACUUCCCGGAUGAGCUGGACACGUCCUUCUUUGCCCGGGAAGGAGUCCUCCAGGAAGAGCUCUCAACGUACCCCGACGAAGUCUUUGAGUCGUCCUCUGAAGCGGCCAUCAGGGAUGCUGAUGUGAAAGCCCCCCCAUCUGCGCAGCCGGUGCUCACAGGGGGGGCCUUGGAUCGAAAUGAGCUGGAGAGGAGCCACCUGAUGCUGCCACUGGAGCGUGGCUGGCGGAAGCAGAAGGAAGGGUCCGUGUUCCAGCCCAAGAUCCGGCUGCGCCAGGAGGUGGUUAGCCUGGGCCUGCAGCGGCGUGGUCAGCGCAUCACGGUGCCCGUGCGCAAGCUCUUUGCCAAAGAGAAGCGCCCUUACGGGCUGGGCAUGGUGGGCCGCCUGACCAACCGCACGUACCGCAAGCGCAUCGACAGCUAUGUCAAGCAGCAGAUCGAGGACAUGGACGACCACCGGCCCUUCUUCACCUACUGGGUUACCUUUGUGCAUUCACUCAUCACCAUCUUGGCUGUAUCGAUCUACGGCAUUGCUCCCGUGGGCUUCUCUCAACACGAGACGGUGGAUUCGGUCUUGAGAAACCGGGGCGUCUAUGAAAAUGUGAAGUACGUCCAGCAGGAGAACUUCUGGAUCGGCCCCAGCUCGGAAGCCCUGAUCCACCUGGGGGCCAAGUUCUCCCCAUGCAUGCGGCAGGACCAGCAGGUGCAUAGUGGCAUCAGUGCUGCACGCCAGAAGGAGAAGCACUCAGCCUGCUGUGUGCGCAACGACAAGUCUGGUUGCGUGCAGACGGCGGAGGAGGAGUGCUCGUUUGUUUUGCAGUCCACCUUGGCCGUGUGGGUGAAAUGGCCGCAGCACCCCAGCACCCCCCUGCUGGCAGGAGAGAAGCGACAGUUUGGCUCCGUCUGUCACCAAGACCCCCGGGUAUGUGAGCAGCCGGCCUCCACGGACCCUCAUGAGUGGCCCGAUGACAUCACCAAGUGGCCGAUCUGCACCAAGAACAGUGCUGGGAACCACACCAACCACCUGCACAUGGACUGUGUGAUCACCGGGCGCCCCUGCUGCAUCGACACCAAGGGCAGGUGCGAGAUCACUUCCCGAGAGUACUGCACCUUCAUGCAUGGCUAUUUCCAUGAGGACGCCACCCUCUGCUCCCAGGUGCACUGCAUGGACGAUGUCUGUGGACUGCUGCCCUUCCUCAACCCGGAAGUUCCAGACCAAGUGUACCGCCUUUGGCUCUCGCUCUUCCUUCACGCAGGGGUCCUGCACUGCCUGGUGUCGGUGUGUUUCCAGAUGACCAUCUUGCGGGACUUGGAAAAGCUGGCCGGGUGGCAUCGCAUCGCCAUCAUCUACCUGCUGAGUGGCAUCACGGGGAACCUGGCCAGUGCCAUCUUUCUGCCCUAUCGGGCUGAGGUUGGUCCAGCAGGCUCCCAGUUUGGCAUCCUGGCCUGCCUCUUUGUGGAACUCUUUCAGAGCUGGCAGAUCCUGGCCCGGCCUUGGCGGGCCUUCUUCAAGCUGCUGGCCGUAGUGCUCUUCCUCUUUGCCUUCGGCCUCCUGCCGUGGAUUGACAACUUUGCCCACAUCUGUGGCUUCAUCAGUGGACUCUUCUUGUCCUUCGCCUUCCUGCCCUACAUCAGCUUUGGCAAGUUUGACUUGUAUCGGAAGCGGUGCCAGAUCAUCGUCUUCCAGCUGGUCUUCACUGGCCUCUUCUCCGGCCUGGUGGUCCUGUUUUACUUCUACCCCAUUCAGUGCAGGUGGUGCGAGUUCCUCACCUGCAUCCCCUUCACGGACAAGUUCUGUGAGAAGUACGAACUGGAUGCACAGCUCCACUGAGCAUGGCAGACUGCAUACUCCCCCCACCCGAGCUGCCUUAUCUACCAGACCGGACUGUUUGCUGCAUACAGAAAUAAGUCUGUGCCUUGUUCGAUUUUGCAGAACCUCCUGUUUUUAUUGUGCUAGUUUCCAAAUGGCCUUUUAAACUAGAUUUGAUACCUGUUGCCCAGGUGGUAAUUAAAAUACUACAGGUAGCGUUUUAGCUACAUUUCCAGA